CCCGCCUCCAGCAGUGAUUGGUCAACGAGUCGUGUUACAAAACCAACCAAAAACACGUGAGAAAGUGUGCAGCCAGCUACUGAAUUCUCUUUAAAAGUGCCUUUUGUUUCAGGUGCAUGAGCGGGGAAUGUAUGCUUCAUAUUAGGUUGUUUUCUACAAACUUGUACAUCAGAUCCACGCUACUCCGUUCCGUCAGCGACCCAAACACACUUCUACAUUACUGCAGUAUGUCUGCAAACAAGCGCAAACUGAAGCGGCAGAGAGAGUCUCCAGACAGCGGCGGGGGAAAACAGCCGAGGCUCGCCGAGGGAAGAGCGCGAGAGUCCGGAUGGCUGCUGCGGGAAGUGAACGAGCUCCGCAGGGCAGCGCAGGGAUGCGAGGUCAACAAAAAGCGCCUCCGUUAUUUAUCAGACACCCAGAAAAUCAAACAGGGCUCUGAUGGGUUCCUCUACUGGAUGUCCCGCGACCAAAGAGUCCAAGAUAACUGGGCAUUGAUCUAUGCUCAGCAGCUGGCUUUGGCUGAGAAACUUCCUCUGCACAUCUGCUUCUGCCUGGUGCCUCGAUAUUUAGAUGCAACCUACAGACAGUACGCCUUCAUGCUAAAAGGACUGCAAGAAGUGGCAAAGGAAUGCAAGAGCUUGGAUAUUCAGUUCCAUCUGCUGUCAGGAGAACCCGGACAGAAUCUGCCAAGCUUUGUUGAAAAGUGGAAGUUUGGAGCAGUUGUCACUGACUUCAACCCUCUCAGAAUCCCUCUCCAGUGGAUUGAGACUGUUAAGAAACACCUUCCGGCUGAUGUGCCCUUCAUUCAGGUUGAUGCACAUAACGUGGUGCCCUGCUGGGAAGCGUCUGGGAAGCUGGAAUAUGGAGCCAGGACUAUACGAGGCAAAAUCACUAAACUUCUGCCAGAAUUCCUCACAGAGAUUCCUCUUGUGGACACUCAUCCUCACUCCGCUUCUCGUGCAGCAGAGCCAGUGGACUGGGAGGAGGUGCUGUCGUCUCUGGAGGUGGAGCGCAGUGUUGGAGAGGUGGACUGGGCUCAGCCUGGCACCUCUGGUGGCAUGAACAUGCUGGAGUCCUUCAUCGACCAACGACUGCGUCUCUUUGCCACUCACAGGAACAAUCCUAACUAUGACGCCCUCAGCCAUCUCUCCCCCUGGAUCCACACCGGUCAGUUAUCUGCUCAGCGUGUGGUGAAGCAGGUCAAACGAGAAAAGAACGCCAGCGAGUCCGUGGCGUCUUUUAUUGAGGAACUGGUGGUGCGCCGGGAGCUCGCUGACAACUUCUGCUUCUACAACCCCAGCUAUGACAACAUUUCAGGUGCAUAUGAUUGGGCGAAGAAGACUUUGCAGGAUCACGCUAAGGAUAGCAGACAGUACCUUUACACGAAAGAGCAGCUGGAGAACGCCAAGACCCACGACCAGCUGUGGAACGCUGCACAGCGUCAGCUGGUGUCAGAAGGGAAGAUGCAUGGGUUCCUGCGCAUGUACUGGGCAAAGAAGAUCCUGGAGUGGACUGCGUCCCCUGAAGAAGCCCUCUCUAUUGCUAUUUAUCUGAAUGACCGUUUGUCUUUAGACGGCUGCGAUCCCAACGGAUACGUGGGCUGCAUGUGGUCCAUCUGUGGCAUCCAUGACCAGGGCUGGGCAGAACGUCCCAUCUUUGGCAAAAUUCGCUUUAUGAAUUAUGCCGGCUGCAAGCGGAAGUUUGAUGUGGCACAGUUUGAGAGGAAGUACACUGCUGUAAAGGAGAACUCCAAUAAAGAUUCCAAGAAAUCUUCUUCCAAAAACUGACAUGCAUAAAAAUUCAG